GGGACGACCGGCAGAGCCAUGGAUCCCCACGAUAUCAAGAAUAAGCACAAGCGGUCUGCUGUUUUCCAGCGACUCAAGAAGGAGAAGAAGAAGGCACAGCGCGAGGGACGGCGGAAGAGAAAGGCCGAAGCGGAUGCACUUGGCGAUGCUGCGCCGCCAAAGAAGAUGCCGCGGACGCUGGAGAGCAUGAGGCCAAAGGAUGAGACGACGGUGAAGGAGGACGAUGAAGAGGUGAUGGACGAUGUGAACUUUGAUGCGUUUGCAGCACACUUUCGUGGAGAAAAAGAGGCUCGGCUGCUGUUUACCACCUCGCCUAACCCGUCCAGGAGCAUUCUGCCGAUGGUGAGAAACAUCAUGGAGGUCUUCCCGCGGACUCGGUUUGUCUCCCGCCGCAACUAUCGGAUCAAGGAGAUGGUGCAGCACGCAUCGAACCGCGGGUACACCAACCUCAUCAUUAUGCAGGAGCACGCCAAGAAGCUUUCCGGGAUUUACGUCAUUCACCUGCCCGAGGGCCCGACGGCGUACUUUAAGCUCACCUCGUUUACGCACACCAAGCACAUCCCGGGCCACGGCAAGCUCACCAAGCACAAGCCCGAGAUGAUUCUCAACAACUUUACCACCCGGCUCGGCAUGACCGUCGGCCGCUUGCUCGGAUCGCUUCUGCCCACGGCGCCCGAGUUCCACGGCCGCCGGGUGGUGACCUUCCACAACCAGCGCGACUUUAUCUUCUUCCGCCACCAUCGGUACAUCUUUGAGUCUGGCAAGAAGGUCCGCAUGCAGGAGCUCGGCCCGCGCUUCACACUCAAGCUCCGGUGGCUGCAGGAUGGCACGUUUGACACCAAGCACGGCGAGUACGAGUGGGUGUGGAAGAAGGAUCUGCACAACUCGCGCAAGACGUUUGUCCUCUGAGAAGAGCGUAAAAACCAUGGCGUGGCAAGAGCGGCUGUGUUUACACGAUCAGAUGCAGCUUAG